AUGUCUGAAGCCGUUGAGAACAAGCCCGUCGAGACCGUCGCUCCCGUCGCCGAGGAGCCAAAGGUAGAGGCCGCUGCCCCCGUCGCAGAAGAGCCCAAAGUUGAGGAAACCGCAAAGGUCGCUGACCCAGCUCCUGCUGCCCCAGUCACUGAGGAGACGACGGCCCCCGCUGCUGCAGAGGCUGAGAAGACCGACAAGCCCGCUGAGGAACCCGCCGCAAAGGAGGCUAAGCCAAAGACUGGUCUCUUUGCAAAGAUCUUUGGCGGCUCUCCAAAGCAAAAGGUAGAAAAGGCCGAGAAGAAGGUCAAGACGCCAAAGUCUCCAAAGUCGCCAAAGAAGACCAAGGAGAACAAGGAAAAGGAGGCAAAGACCGAGGAGGCGCCAAAGGAGGCCACCACUGAGGAGGCGCCCAAGGAGGUCACUGAGGCUCCCUCCGCCGCUCCGGCAGCAGUUGAAGAGACUCCCGCUCCCGCUGCCACUGAAGCCGCAAAGGAGACUGAGGCCCCUAGCGCAGCUCCUGCCGCCGCAGAGGCUUCUACAUCCGAGACCCCUGCUACGACCGAAGACUCAAAGAAGAAGGCAUCUGAAAAGGUUGGCCGCCGUCUGUCGACCAGGAUCACUGGUCUCUUUGGCGGCAAGAAGGACGUCAAGAAGACCGAUGCCCCCCCUGUUGCCGAGGAGGCCCCAAAGCUUGAUUCGCACACCCCUGUUGCUCCUCUCGCCGUUGAGUCUACUGCCGAGGAGACCAAGCCAAACGCGAUCCCUGCGACCGCAUAA